AUGCCUGCCCAAAAUGGGGUGCCCGCAACCCCUCGCGUGAUAUCUCCCUCGCCGACGCCCUCGGAGCGGUCGGAAUCCAAAGACGGCUAUCGAGGUCCUACUACACGUUCUGCAUCUUCCAGAAGGCAGCUCUCGUCCCCUCCGCCCAUUUCAGAAGAAGAAAGAGAGCAAGUCCACGAAUCCGGCUCAGAUUCAGGCAUCGAAAAGCGUGCUCGAACUCGAUCUCGGAGCCCAAUCAUAACAUCGCCCGGGAAGACUCGGCGCCGGCUAUCAGGCUUGACUUCUAUAAAUGAAUCAAAGCUGGAACCUGUGAAAAAUGGCUUCCUCGCCCCGAGCGGCCAUCUCUCACCUUACUCGAAAGCAAAGGAUCCGUUCCGCGACCUUUCUCGAUCGCCUUCACCUCUCGGCCUAAUUCCCCUCCAUAGACAUUACAGAAAUUUCAUCCAUCGACACGAGAUUCCUCGCAAGCUUCUCCAUGUCUCGAUCGGCUUCGUGACUAUUGACCUCUACCGUCGUGGCGUGCAGCCCCUCCAAAUCACCCCUUGGCUUCUGACGGCGCUCAUCCCCAUCGCUGCUACAGACUUUUUGCGACACCGUUUCCAAUCUGUGAAUAAAUUUUACAUUCGUUGUCUGGGUGCGUUGAUGCGGGAAACUGAGGUUUCGGGCUAUAAUGGCGUGAUCUGGUACCUCCUUGGUGCCUUCAUCGUUUUGCGGUUUUUCCCAAAAGAUGUUGGUGUCAUGGGCGUACUUCUCCUGAGUUGGUGCGAUACCGCUGCAUCUACCUUUGGCCGACUGUAUGGUCGCUAUACUCCUCGAAUCCGUAGAGGAAAAAGUGUAGCCGGUACUCUAGCCGCAUGUGCUGUUGGGGUGCUUACCGCUGCGGCAUUCUGGGGCUAUCUCGUUCCUACCAUUGGCUAUUUCGCUAAUGAUCCUGACAAUUCAUUCAUGUUCUCCGGAACAUUAAAUCUUAUCCCGGACUCGGUCAAAGGCGCUCUUGAGUGGGUUGGAGUUUCCCGGGCGGUGACAGAUAAGGCUGUUAUAUCCGGCCCGCUUGCCCUAGGUGUGAUGAGCUUGUGGACCGGCGUUGUCGCUGCCGGUAGCGAACUCAUUGAUAUGUUCGGCUGGGAUGAUAAUUUGACUAUUCCUGUGUUAAGCGGUGUUGGAAUGUGGGGUUUCUUGAAAGUCUUCGGCUCUUAG